UAGAGGCAAGAAUAUCUCAAUAUUAAUUGGUGUAGAUUAUUAUUAUGAAAUCGUUUCAGGCAGAAUAAAAAGAUUAAAUAACAAACUGGUAGCGACUGAAACAAUUUUUGGUUGGUGCUUGCAAGGUCACGUAGGUUUAUCAAAUGAUUUAAUGACCAUGAAGAUUGUAGUAGAUGAAAAGGAUAUUUCGGACCAACUUAAACAAUUUUGGGAUCUUGAGAAUUUAGGGGUAGAAGGGGUUGAAGAGGAUGAUUUCGAAAAACAUACUGUAGAUAAAGAAAUUAUGAAACAAUUUGAAGAAAAUAUUGUUUAUCAAAAUAAAAGAUAUACUGUAAAGUUUCCUUGGAAAACAAAUAUGAAAGAAUAUUUAGCUAAUAACUUUGAAGUGGCUAAAAGGAGGUUUUCGCAUUUAAAAUCAAAAUUUAUUAAAGAUAAUUCAUUGUUUUUAGAUUAUAAAGCUGUUAUUGAAGAUCAUUUAAAAGAAGGUAUCAUUAAGAAAGUUAUAACAUGUGAAGAAGAAAAACCUUCAUUUUAUUUGCCUCACAGGGCGGUAAUAAGGGAAGAUAAAACUACCACUCGUUUGAGAGUGGUAUUUGACGCAAGUUCUCAUGCGAAAGGACAGUUGUCGUUAAAUGAUUGUUUACAUACUGGUAUCAAUCUCAUUCCAGAUCUUUUUGAGAUUUUAAUAGGUUUUAGAGAACAGGCUGUUGCCAUAACUGCCGACAUAAAGAAGGCCUUUCUGCAAAUACAGAUUGCCGAAGAAGAUCAGAAUUAUACUAGUUUCUUCUGGACGGAAGAUCCGGAAAAGGAAGAAGAGGAAAUUUUCAAGAUGACUCGAGUUCUUUUCGGUGUCAAAUCAAGCCCCUUUCUCCUUGCAGCUACAAUCCAAUACCAUCUAAAGAGAUGGUCUCUCAUCCAGUCUCUUAGAUCCAAAUUUUGGAAAAGAUGGAGUCAAGAAUAUCUCAACUCCUUGCAGUCUCGAGCUAAAUGGAAACUACCUGAACUGAACAUCAAACCCGGACAGCUGGUACUCCUGAAGGAUAAUAGCAAGAGCCCCAUGGAAUGGAACUUGGCCCGAAUUGAAAGGAUAUAUCCUGGAACAGAUGGACUAGUCCGUGUCGCAGACAUCAGAACCCCUAAAGGAAUUUUUCGGCGAAGUAUCAACAGACUCUGCCCACUCCCUUUCGAAGAAGGUGUUGGACAACUGUCCAACGGGGGCCGGGAUGUUCCGUCUUAGAGACGCCUUUCCCCUAUUCCAGCUGUAGUCAUCAGGAAACCGGCGCAUGCGCAGUUUCUGUUGAACUUUGAUACGCUUCUUUUUUAUUACUUUAUGAUUCAGAAUUUUGUAAUGCCUAUUAGAGAUGUAACGGAUGUGUCUCCUGUUGCUGUGUGUGCGCGUGCUUUUGUGAUGUUAUGUUAAUGUGCUUCAGAUGUCUUCGUCAG